AUGGCAGUUAAAGGUGUGCUCCUCAUCCGGUAUGUCUUCCAGCUCACUCUCAGUGUAUGCCUGGGUGAAACCUACACGACGGACAGCGUGAGGUUUCUAACCCAGUUAGAGGACGUAGAGUGGAGCAGCAGCAGUUGCUCUGUACGCGUUCUCUACUCCUGCUCUGAGCCAUCAGUGGUGCACCUGGAUGCCCUCGUGACCUUUGACACCGGUGACACGUCCAUUGUCUUCAGCCAGAGCUGGGGCUGUCGUCCAGGCUCCGUUAAGAUCCGCAGGGUGACUUUGACCCUGCCUGACUGGCUUGUGCACCAAGCGGACUGGAAGAUCCAGCCCUCCAAGUGGGUCCUAAGUGGCAUGGUGCGUGCUUGGGUCAGCUGGAGAGGAGAUGGGGAUGGGGAUGGGGAUGGAGGUGGGGAUGGGGAUGGAGGUGGGGAUGAGGGUGGGGAUGGUGGAUACAUGUCUGCUGCAGCCCAUACGAUGGCACUACUGAGUGUUAAGGAGCCCUUCAGUCGGCCCUUCAAGGAGCACCAGGUGUGUCUGAGCUGGGGCAUGGAGAUGGUGUGGCAGGCACAAAAAGACAAAAUACCACAAUGUGAACAUGAACAAGAGGUGGCUGUUCUCUUGUCGUCGCUGUAUGCCUCUACUGGGGAGAGCUUUGGCAUCAUCAGGGCCAUUCAGCCCUUCACAGACGACGCUCUGGAGAGUGUCAGGCUCAAAGCUAUUGCUCAUCCUUGGUGUGCUUUUUCAAUAUGGAUGUACCUGCUCCAGCCAUGUCACCAACAGUUGUGUGCGGUGUUGCACCAUAUAGACUCACAGAAGAAGUAUGCUUCUCCUGCCAUUUUCCUGAGGAGCUCAGGUGACCUCCAUAUCCAGAUGCAUGGGGAAGAAGGGGUGUCCUCAGCCUUCCUCUCCCAGUUCGAAGUGCCCCUCAGGCAGUGGUGCCAUCUCAACAUGGAGCUCGAUGGCUGGAUGGUCAGUGUAACCAUGAUGUGUACAGACGGACAGCGCCGUGUUGUACACAGCACUGAACACGUAUUCCAGGUGGCCUUUCGACUAGACGACACAGAUGGCUACUUUGUGAUUGGUGGAGGAGAGUUUACCAAAGGCUUUGAAGGAUACUAUGGACCAGUCAUUUAUUAUAGAAACAAGAAAAUUCCUGAAAAUAAGAACUCUGAACUAAACAUGCCACGUCACAUAAAACUCAUGGAAGAAUGGCAGCAGUCUUGCUUUGACUUUGAAACAGAAUUGAAGACCAAACUGGCUGGAUAUGCCCAAAGAGCUGAAGGAAGUGUAAAGUCAGAUCUCUGUGUGAAUGCCUACAGCCAUUGGAGAUUCACAGACAGGGCCCGUCAAGUGACAGCACUUUGGUGUGAGGAAUGGGAAGCACCUAGUUCACCCCAGAGGCGUCGAGCAAUUCUUAUAGCUGAAAAAUUGGCCAACAAACAUGGCUCAUUUGUUAGUCCAGCCAGCGUUGGAAGGGCGCUGUGCUCCGUGUCGCUCCAUAAGCUGUCCCAUGCAGAGGAUGUAGGUGUCAUCAAGAGGGUCCUGCCUCUCCUCCUGCAGGCCAGUUGCCUUGGAGACCAGAGGGCCCUCUUCCUCUCCUCAGUCCUCUACAGCAGUGGAAUAGGACUACAGGCAAACCCCCAAAGGGCAUGGCUGCUGGCGCUGCUGGCUGCACAGCAGGACUGGCGGUUGGCGCUGCUCCGUCUCGGGCACCUGCACUAUGUCGGCGAUGAGAACAUGGCGCCCGACCCUGACCUGUCUUAUGCCUACUACAACAACAUCGCCAAACAAACAUCUGCUGAUCGCCAAAACCUCACCUCGCAGCAGACUUUUGUAGAAUCCAUAUAUUUGAACAACGAGGAAGCACUGAAAGUCCAGACUAAUGAGAACCAUGACCUUUUCCACUGGCUGAAACUCCAAGCGCGCAAUGGGGAAGCGGCUGCAGAGCAAGCAAUUGGUCGUAUGCUGUUCUGGGGUCAGCGGGGAGUGUCUACAGACAUCCAGACAGCUGUCAAGCACUACCAAAGAGGAGCCAUCCGGCUGGAGGAUCCAGUUUCCAUGUACGACUAUGGCAUAGUCCUGCUCACGGGUCAGGGUGUUGAACAAGACAUCCCAAAGGCUCUGAUUUACCUGAAGAAAGCUAUAGAGCGGGGUUACACCCCAGCGAUGAACGCUCUGGCCUGGUACCAUGAGAAGCAUGAGCAGGAUUACGGGCGUGCCGUGGAGCUGUGGGAGCAGGCUGAUGCGCAGGGUAACUCAGACGCAGCCCUGAACCUGGGGGUCAUGCACUCACAGGGCCUUUAUCCUGGCAAACCAGCGGACCAGCUCAUGGCAUAUCACUACUAUCUGAGGUCGGCACAGAGAGGUCAUGUGGACGGGGCCAUUGCGGUGGCCGAGAUGUGGAAUCGAGGCCUUCCCAACCAGAUGAGGAGACUGCCUGAACAGGCCGUGCUAUGGGCAAAAUGGGCAUCCGAACAGAACGGCUACCUCGGCACAGUCUUGAGAAAAGGCCUUGAUGCCUAUUUCAAAGGAAACUGGUUGAUGGCCUACAUAUAUUACCUGAUGGCGGCGGAGUCUGGCUUUGCCACGGCUCAGUUUAAUGUGGCUUACCUGUGCGAACGCAACCCCGGAAGCUUCAUGGCACAGGCCUUUGAGAAACAGUGCAUGCUCAGAUACUACAAUCUCAGCAUCCAGAGCCAGGACCCAGAUCCUUACGCUUUGAUAAAAAUGGGAGACUUCCUCUCAGGUGGCAAUGUAACUGAUAGGACAGAUGUGGCCAAAGCUGCAGAGCUGUACAAGCUGGCCACGUUCCUCGGUGAACCCCAGGGAUGGUUCAGUCUGGGCCUUCUUGUCCAGCAGGGGGCGACAUUGCCAUUGUCUUUGGUGGUGGAGAUGAACUUACUGCAGCCAUUCCUGACAAGCAAACAAGACCUUCUCACAACACUCUACCAGAGAUGCAUCGCUUCAAAUGCCACAGAUGCAUACCUGCCCUGCAGUCUAGCUCUCUUCAAUGUAUAUCUGCACACAUUUUGGGAAAACAACAUCGCAAUCAAGAUGUCAAGCAUUGCAGCAUUGACUGUUCUUGUCACCACAGCGCUGGCCUUUGUAAUAGCCAAGCUCUUCAGAACUCACACUACAGGAAGUGAUCAGGUCACAUGACCCCGGAGAAGGCAUCACACGGUGGACACAUCACUCGGUUUACUCCCAUCAUAACAAGGAUUCACAACACGCACACGCACACGCACACGCACACGCACACCCACACGCACGCAUAUGCACACGCACACGCACACGCACACACACACACACACACACACACACACACACACACACACACACACACACACACACACAUUGUAAUGGGGACCCGAUUCGGAUCCCCUCUCUCCCCCUCUGAACAGGGGAUAACUGACCCCUGUCACUCUCCCUGGAUUCACUUGUAAUGCAA